AUGCCAGCUCCGGUGGGACAGGAGGAGGAGCAGGACAGCUUCAUUACCCCGUCCACCCACCCAAUUAGGAGCCAGAUGGCGCUUCUGGCCAAUCAAAUCAUGGAUGCAAGGAUUCUCAGCAGCAUGAACGGAAGAGUGGAGCUUUCCCAGUUCCUGAGAGUCACCAAUCAAAGCAUUGUCUCCCCUGCAAAUUCUGGCCAGGAUGACAACCGCAAGAACCGGAAGUAUCCCUGCCCGCUGUGUGGAAAACGUUUCCGCUUCAACAGCAUCCUUUCUCUUCACAUGCGUACUCACACCGGUGAGAAGCCUUUCAAGUGCCCGUACUGCGACCACAGGGCUGCACAGAAGGGCAACCUGAAGAUACACCUGCGCACACACAAGCAAGGUAUUCUGGGAAAAGGCCGCGGGAGGAUCAGAGAGGAAAACAGGUUGCUUCACGAGCUGGAGGAAAGGGCGAUACUAAGAGACAGGCAGAUGCGAGCUGGUCAUGUUAGCCAACAACAACCUCAAACAUCUAAUAUAAAUCAGCUUCAGAAGGCCCUGCCGCAGACCGUCUCGACACAACCGCCGUUCUUAAGCAACUCUGGUGCAGCAGAGAGCCAGCCACAUGCAUCCACCUCUCCUAAGGCCACCUCCAUUCACGAUGACCCCAUCCAGCCUCAAACCACCGGCUUCCGCUGCUCAUUCUGUAAGGGAAAGUUCAGGAAGCAACAGGAGCUCGAGCGCCACAUCAGGAUCCUGCACAAACCCUACAAGUGUACUUUGUGUGACUUUGCCGCUUCACAGGAGGAGGAGCUCAUUGGCCACGUUGAAAUGACACACAUAACUGCAGAUUCAGGCUCAGGACAGAAGGCUGCGAUGGGGGCUAGCGACAAAGGGAAGCCCGCUGGUGAAUUCCCCUGCGAGGUGUGCGGCCAAACUUUCAGCCAGGCCUGGUUCCUGAAGGGCCACAUGAGGAAACACAAGGACUCUUUUGAGCACUGCUGUCAAAUCUGUGGCCGUCGCUUCAAGGAGCCCUGGUUUCUCAAGAACCACAUGAAGGUCCACCUCAAUAAGCUAGCUGCUAAGAGUAGCCACCCCACGGAGCGUGACUCCUCUGUCGACCUGAGUAGCCUGACACAGGACCACCACAGCAACCUCUACUCCCAGUACAUCUCCCGCAUUCACAACAGGUUCCUCACGGCUGACAGAGCCGAGCAGCCAGAUUAUAACCAGAUGAUGGCCACAGCAGGCGUCGACAUGAAGGUCAGAGAGAUGUUAGGGAGGAUGAUUUCCUCUGGUCCAAGCCCUCUGGCGGAUGCAGAGAGCUCAUCUUUGUUGGGCUUAAACCAUCUCCACCCUCCGCUGGGCUCCGCUAGCAUGGAAUAUCUGCAGAAAGUCAUCUCUAACCGAGAAGCUCUCAACAACAGCAGCAGCUAUGCAGGUUGGCAGAUCGUAACACCAGGGCUGCCUAUUGAACAGCAGAUGUUCAGUCCUAAAGAGCAGCAGUGCUCCUACCUGCCUGAGCGUUGCCUCCCUGUAGAUGAUGGGAAACUGUGUCUCGUCGACCCAGACGCCAAGGCCAUCAGCCAACCUGGGAGCCCGGGCAGCAUGAGUCAUCACGGGCCAGCGGAUAUCAUCACAGAGACGGGGAACUCCCACGCUGGCAGCGCCCUCGAUCAUCGACCACAAUCUUCUUCACCAGCUACAGGUGAGAAAGUCUACAGGUGUCCACUCUCCAGCGACUACACCGCUGCACAGACAGCCUCCCUCGGCUUCCAUCUGGAUCGCUACCACUUCCCCCACUGGCAGAACAACAGGGAUCUUUCUUCUCCGCUGCAGCCCAGCAGCAGCAGCUCCAGCCCCAACCCCAACCCCAACCCCAAACUCAGACCCAGAUCCAGGGAAGACUGGAGCCCAGCUGCAGGCCAGUACCUCGGUUUGGAGAGCCACAGUGAAAAUGCCUUGCUCAUCAACAAGCAGCCUGACCUCGCUGACAAAGAUGCAGAUGGAGACGGCUCUUUAUCUGGUCAAACCAGGAAAUCCCAGUAUGAGCCUUUGGAUUUGUCUGUCAGGCCAGAGUCUGUUCCGUCUCAUUCAGCCAUGUCUCCUGCUGUACUGGUACAGAUGUCUGGCGUUUUUUGUAAUGGACUCUCGUCCUCCCUCGCCCGCCGGCUACAGAGUUACUCUAAUGCCACCGCUGAACUCAGUGUGAAACCCGCAUAUCAGUGUGACCUUUUGGUGCAGGGAACAAAAGAAGAGAUGAACGCACAGAAUGCAGGCUCCACAGGUCACGAUGGUGAAGGUGAAUUUGAGAAAUCCGAGGAAGGGGGGGAGGACAAAAAUGACAAUGCUGCCAACUGGAAGAUGCUGAAAAAUAAUAUCCUCGAGUCAACGGAGCUGGAAAAGCCUGAUUUUGAGGGUUCUGGCGAGAAGAAACAAGACAAACCAGGACAGUGGGGCCGGGCUGUGGCCGAAUCCCCCAUCUCUUCUCUGGAGAGCUUGACUCCUGGACAGGCUGAUCCACUCCAGCACCAGGGCGGCCUGCUUUCCUUCCUCAGGUCCCAGGGGAACCUGAGCAGCACACCUGCCGGCACACACAAAGCCAGUCUGAACGGUGGGGAGAACAUGGAGAAAGAUGUUGCAUCAGGUCGCAAGCCGUUCCAGUGCAGGUAUUGCCCCUACAGCGCCUCCCAGAAGGGCAACCUGAAGACCCACGUCCUCUGUGUCCACCGCAAACCCUUCGACAACAGCCUCUACCCGGACCGCCGCCUCCGACGCUCGCACACGCCCCAGAUGCCCUCCAGAUUGUCUCUGAGUAUCACGGGAGACAACGGUGCGCCGGGGAGAGACCAGAUCGGCAUGACAUCGCUGUGUGGAACUUGAUGCUGUCAUGGCAACAGCACAUACAGACAGUUAUGAUUAUUGUUUUACCAUCACCUCGAAGGGGUUAGGAUGAUUGAGAUUGUUCAAAAAAGAAAAAAAAAGAGUUACCAACCAACCUUGAUGUACAUUCCAGUGUUUACUUGAAGAGCCACAGUACGUAUUUAUCUGUAGCAAAAAGAAGCUGCCUAUAAUAAUAAAGUCCAUUGUGAUGUGAAAGUGUA